AUGUCACUGCUAUCGGUGAAAAGUUUAUCGGGUACAUUACCGGUUAUUUUUAUCGAAGCUCGCCUUCAGGGACCACCAGAAAUUAUCCUUUCACAGCUUGGUAUCUCAUUCCGUGCUGAUCGCUGCAGCAUUGCCGUGCUUAGUAAGAUUUUGAAAGUUGCGGUAAAACUGAGUAUUUACUGA